ACUUUUGAGAGAGGGAAAAGGAAAGAUAUACUCAUAUUAGCAACUCAAAUCGUGUGAAAUAAAUGAUUCUUCUUUGGGUAUAAUAGCUCUACCAGAUCUGUAUAGGAGAAAUUGUUGAUGCAAAUUGGAAUCAUUUGAAACCACAUAACCCAAGGAUCUGUAUUAUCAAUUGAAAUGACGAAUGUUUUCAAUGCAAUUGGUCUCUGGUUCCAGAAAAAAGUAGUCGACCCGCUUGGUGUCAUCUUGAGAAAGGGUGCUGAGCCGAAGCAAUUGGCAUUCUCUACCGCUCUUGGCUUUGUUUUAGGAGUAUUUCCUAUAUGUGGUGUCACCUUCUUUCUCUGUGGGAUGGCUAUAGCAUUGCUUGGAUCUUUUUGUCAUGCACCAACAGUGAUGCUAUCUAACUUUGUUGCAACUCCAAUAGAACUGAGUCUGAUGGUUCCCUUCUUACGGCUCGGUGAAGCUAUCUCUGGUGGAGAUCAUUUUCCCUUGACUACGGAUGCUUUAAAAAAAAUCUUGACUGGACAUGCUUCACGUGAAGUCCUAGAAAGUAUUUACCAUGCGUUAUUGGGUUGGCUUGUGGCAUCUCCAUUCAUCGUGAUUGCACUUUACAUAUUGUGUUUGCCGAUUUUCAAGAUCCUUAUUGUGAGGUUCAAUCCCCCGCUAUCAUCAUUAUAAACACUAAGAACGUCGCUCAGCCCAAAUGAUGUAAAUCUCGAGUUCAGGCUAUUAUAUAACACUUGGUGUAGAUAGAGAAGUUUUACCUACAAACAUUAUUAUAUGUGAUUUGGCCCUUUGAA